UCGCUCGACGGCGCAAAUACGAACGCGCCCAACCUUCGAGUAUUCGACUGCAGCACAUACGUACGAACGUGAGCCACCAUGCACGGGGGUAGCUAGAGCAGCAACAACAUCGGAGCUGAUAUAACGUAGCGACACGGUGACGGUGAAAGCGCAGAGUGUCGCGGUUUUGUUUUGUUAUGAUUCACGUUCACACAGCUGGCGACGAGGGCACGUUGCGCUCGGCCGCGUAGAGCUGUUUGUGCGAAAGCGACAGGCGGCUGAUCUCUCGGUCGACGAGCGUGAUCCAUGAGAGAGCGACUAUCCUGUACGUGGUGCGAUGCGAUAGCUGGCGGAGGAACGUGCCGCUGCUCGUUGUCGCCGAGGUGGUGGUGGUGGUGGGGGUCCUUCCGCGGAUCGUGAACACGGGGGAGAGCGAAGUGACAAGGCGAGCGUCGCUUCGCGGGUCGUCUGCAGUAUGCUCAGGGUUUGCCACAGGCGGAUAUUAUGGCUGCAGGUGAGGCCAGCACGACGAAGCCUCGACAAGAGAAGCAGUACGACUACCUGCUCAAAUUCCUGCUGGUGGGCGACAGCGACGUCGGCAAGCAGGAGAUCCUGAGCGGCCUCGAGGACGGCGCCGCGGAGUCGCCGUUCUGCAGUGGCAGUGCUUACAAAACUACUACUAUUUUACUGGAUGGCAAGCGAGUGAAGUUACAGUUAUGGGACACAUCAGGCCAAGGUAGAUUCUGCACAAUUAUCCGAUCCUACUCUAGGGGUGCGCAAGGUAUUCUCCUCGUAUAUGAUAUCACCAGUAAAUGGUCCUUCGAUGGUAUCGACAGAUGGCUCAAAGAGGUAGAAGAGCAUGCGCCUGGUGUGCCAAAAGUACUGGUCGGCAAUCGACUGCACUUAGCCUUCAGGAGGCAAGUGGGGCAACGAGACGCGGAAGCUUACGCCGUUAAGAAUCACAUGUCGUUCUUUGAGGUGUCGCCCCUCUGCGACUUCAACAUUCGCGAGAGCUUCUCGGAGCUGUCGCGCAUGGCACUACAGAGGAACGGCAUGGAAAGGUUACUGCGACCCAACAAAGUGCUCAGCCUUCAAGAGCUGGCGUGCCGCGCGAUAGUAGCCCGCACAACAGUCUACGGUAUCGACCAGCUGCCAUUGCCCACGUCCAUCAAAUCGCAUCUCAAGUCGUACGCAAUAACAACCACGUCUCAACUGCGCUACAAUGGCAAUCGUUCAUUGAGCUCCAGCAAGAGUCUAGGAUCGCACCACCGAAAGCUGCGAUUCGUCGUAGGCCAUCACAAUAACGGGCUGUCGACGCCAGGCAGUUCACCCGGCAGCAUCACGGACUCGCGUACCAGUUGCGUCGGCCGCAACUCCUGCACGGUGUCGUGAGAGUGAGACAACGAAUAAAGAGAAAUCAGGGUAGCGGUUACUUACAAAAGCUGAGCGACACGCAGCGGUGUAAUCAACGUUCUUCCUCUCCCCCUCUGUUUUGUCGAGAAUACAAAAAGCCGUUUACGAUGUUGUUUCAUAAUUGAUAGUGUGAGUACUGUUAGACUAUAUCAUGAGAUAAUAUAUAUUAUAUACAUACAUAUAUAUAUAUAUAUGUAUAUACACACACAUGCGAAGAUUCCGAUUUGCCACUUGCCAGCGCGUUGACGGAUAAGAUCGGACAACUUGUUGCGUUUACUACGGAGUACGUCUCUAUAUUUUGACAUUCGCGAACCUUGCGCACUCUUACGAUGAUAAUUAACGAGCUUAAGCGACAAGGAAACAAACUGUCGUAACCCGUGCCAUCCGUCGUGCGAGAUAGAGAAAGAAGAGAAAGAAACGUAGCGUUACGAUGCACGCAUCGAGCAGAAAAAUACUUCAUAAUUAUCAAGUGCGUCACGUCACAUGUUACCGUCGAUCGCAAAGCUCGCGCUGAUCUCGCCCACCUGCGGCGGACAAGACGCGUGGGGUUUGCGGAGUGAUGCGUAACGCACGUGCGCACUCAUGCAUAUACAUACGAUAUAUAUACAGGGUGUCCCGUUUUAAAUGAGCCAGGCAGAAAUCUCGAAAAGUAUGAAAGAUAGUGAGAAACAUUUCAGACAAAAGUUGUGUGGUUUCAAAAGGAACACAAAACAACUGUAUCAUUUUGUUUACAGAUGGCGCCGUUUUCGAGAUAUUCACUCAUCACUACCCUUCUCAAAUGGGAAUCCCAAUUUUUUAUUAUAUCAUCUU